UGUACGCGCAUGCUCAGUUUUGCCUUUGAACCAAGAAGCCAAGCAGCAUCAGCGGCUAAUCUCAACCGCUUAAACGACACAGGCGCAGCUAGCAGGUUAGCUGCGUAGCAAAUCAUGGUGAAUGUUAAGAAGCGGAAAGGUCGAGUCGUGAUUGACUCUGACUCUGAAGACAGCGGUAGUGAUGACAACUUAGAUCAGGAGUUGUUGUCUUUGGCAAAGAGAAAAAGGGUUGAUUCAGGCGAGCAGGACGAGCCUGUGAACAAACCAGCAGCUUCGACAGACUCCGAGACAUCCGACAGCGACGAUGAGUGGACUGUGGGCGGCACCAAAGGGAAAAAGAAGGUUAAGCAGGGGAAAGGUUCUGAGAAGAAGAGCGCUACGAAAAAGAAGGUGAACAAGGCGACGGCGUCCGGCAGCUCGGAUGGAGACAGCUCAGCGGACAGCUCCGCUCCAGAGGAAGGCGAGGUUUCAGAUUCAGAAAGCAACAGCUCAUCCUCCAGCUCUGACUCGGACUCCUCUGAAGACGAGGUGUUCAAAGACGGCUACGAUGACGACUUGAUGGGCGACGCUGAGGACAGAGCGCGUCUGGAGCAGAUGACUGAGAAGGAGAGGGAGCAGGAGCUGUUCAACAGAAUUGAGAAGAGAGAGGUGCUAAGGAGACGGUUUGAAAUUAAGAAGAAGUUGAAGACGGCAAAGAAAAAGGAGAAAGAGGAGAAGAAAAAGAAGCAGGAGGAAGAGCAAGAAAAAAGGAAACAAUCUCAGGUUCAAGACACUCAGGUGUCUAUGUCACACAAUAAGGAAAGACGAUCCAAACGUGAUGAAAAGCUGGACAAAAAGUCCCAAGCCAUGGAGGAACUAAAAGCUGAACGUGAAAAGAAAAAAAACAAAACAGCCGAGCUGCUGGCCAAAAGAGAGCCCCUCAAGACGAGCGAGGUUUACUCUGACGAUGAGGAAGAAGAGGAGGAAGAUGAUGAUAAAUCAUCUGUUAAAAGUGACCGGAGUUCACGUUCAUCAUCAUUUGAUGAUGACGACGAAAAAGAGGAGACUCCGCCAAAAUCGCAGCCUGUUUCGCUACCUGAAGAGCUCAACAGGGUCCGUCUGUCAAGACACAAGCUGGAGCGCUGGUGCCACAUGCCCUUCUUUGCAAAGACGGUGACAGGCUGCUUUGUGAGAAUAGGGAUUGGGAACAGCAGCAGUAAACCAGUUUAUAGGGUUGCUGAAAUCGUGGAUGUAGUAGAAACAGCAAAGGUAUAUCAGCUUGGGACAACGCGGACAAACAAGGGAUUACAGUUAAGGCAUGGGGCCGACACACGGGUUUUCAGACUUGAGUUUGUAUCAAAUCAAGAGUUCACAGAAAGCGAAUUCAUGAAAUGGAAGGAGGCGAUGAUAGUUGCUGGAAUGCAGGUACCAACUCUCGAUGAAAUCACCAAGAAGGAACAGUCGAUUAAAGAAGCUCUGAAUUACAAGUUUAACGAUAAAGACAUUGAGGAUAUCGUCAAAGAGAAGGACAGAUUCCGAAAAGCACCUCCUAAUUAUGCUAUGAAGAAAACACAGUUACUUAAAGACAAGGCUAUGGCAGAAGAAAGUGGUGACGGUGAGAAAGUAAAAAAUAUCCAGGAUGAGCUGAACGAGCUUGAGGAGAGGGCUGAGGCACUGGACAGACAGAGGACCAAGAACAUUUCAGCCAUCAGCUACAUUAACCAGAGGAACAGAAGCUGGAACAUUGUUGAAUCGGAGAAAGCACUUGUGGCUGAAGGGCAGAAUUCCAAAAACCAACAAAUGGACCCCUUCACUCGAAGACAGUGCAAACCAACCAUGGUGUCAAAUGCCAGAGAUCCAUCGGUUCAUGCAGCUAUUCUUGCUCACCUGAACCAAAAGUAUGGCUCAGGGUCAGGAGGUGUAGAUCUUGAUUGCACAGAGAAGAACAAAGUGGGCCAAGAAAACCCUAAAGACAAAGACGUCCCCAAGCCAACCACUGACCUCUCUGAAGACUUGUUUAAAGUUCAUGAUUUCGAUGUUAAGAUUGACCUGCAGGUUCCUAAUGCAGAAGCUAAAUCUCUUUCCGUGAGCUCCAACGCGCUGCCAGUGAAGGACGGAGCUCCUCGCAGGUCCCUCAACCUUGAGGACUAUAAGAAGAGGAGGGGUCUGAUCUGAUUUGGGCAGCCCCUCAUGCUGGAACCACCACUGCAUGUGUUAUAGGUUCUCCGAGAAAGAGUAUAUGUGUGUUUGGCUGAGAGAGAGAGAGUGUGUGUGUGCGUGCACGUGAGUCCAGGUGAAUGUGUGUUUAAAAUGCAACAGACUCUUCAUCCAAACAGAGGGAUUACUGAUGGAACAAAUGCAACAAGGAUCACUGUUGGAAGAAACAUGUUCAAAUAUCUGUUGUUCAUUACCCCCAACUAGCUGGUGUACUGAGGAGUUUUAUUUUAAUUUUAUUUGUUUUGCUUUUCUUCUUAUUUAACCUCUCGCUUCCACUCUCAACUAGAGUCUGAUACGGGCAGCACAUUUGGAUUAUUACCUUGGAUCAGGACACUAUCUUACAAGACUUUGGUUGUCAUGUUGUUUUUAAAUCAAUGGACAUCUGACGGAGUGGACAAGCUUGCCCUUUACAACAACCAAAUGUUGUAUACCUUUUACCUGCCAAUCAUCUGCCCUUGGAGUCCAUCCUGAAAUCGAACAGUCCUGUGGGUUUUGCAGUGUAGAUGAUUAUAGUCUGAUUCGACCGUAACAUGGCCAUCCAUGCAGAAAAUAAACUGUUCAGUACACAUGGGCUGAACACUUGGGACUUUUAAGGUCUUCAAAAUAGAUUUACAGAAGAACUAUUUUCUUUAGCCUGGUUAUAAAGGUGAAGCUUCAUUUCUCUUUAUCUUGCUUGGUUGUUCAUGGCAUUAUCUCCCCUGCUGUGAACUCCCAAAGCAGAUUCUCCAUGUUUAUUGAUUGUGUCAAUAGUCAGUUCUUAUAUUGAUGUGGCAUGCCAUGUAAAUAUGCAUUUUCAAGUGAGUGCGGAAAUGAAUAAAGAGGCACUGUUUCAUA